GGUUGCCCCAGGCUCACAUGUGUACGACUGCUGGGCAAACUUUGACCCCGAGUGGACCCUGGCAGCUUACGUCACCUGGAUGACGGUCUCCAUCUUUAUUGUGCCUACUUGUGUGUUGGGUUGUCUGUACGGACGCAUCUCCCUGGAGGUGUGGCGGGCAGGCCGGCUCGAGGAGAGGAUGGCGGGGAAGAAAAUCUCAUCCCGAUAUGAGCCCAACGCUGGAGAACAAAGGAGAUCAGUUGUGAUUCAAAACAACGCCCAAGACCCCCGAUCAGGUGGGAUCGGACAUGCGAGUACUCGGGGUAGUGCUGUAGUACACGCGGCCCUGGUGCCACAGGACAGCAAAACAGCCCUGGGCAGCGGUCACAGGUCAACAAAGAUGGCGUCCGGGCGACCCACGAGCUACAGAAGGAGAGUGUUGCUCCGAGUCUACGGACGAAAGCGGGGGAACAAAGAGGAGGCGGGAGUGAGGGAGGGAGAACAGAAGAGGAAGACAGAGAGGGUGGCCGCCCACGGAGGACGGGGGUCCACUCUGAAGUCGUGCUUCUGCUGGUGUGAUGAUCUAGCCGAGGUACACAGAGUGUCUGGAAACAACGCCAAACUGUCGUCUGGUAGUAGCCCCGCGGUCGGGAGAUCGUCUUGUGCGGAUCAAUGUCUUACCCGGAUUAGGGCGGACGAUCGAACAGGCCAUUCAAUUCCAGAAGGACCGGCCAGUAACGACAGGUUACCAGUUACUAAGUGGGGCGAAAAUCCAGCAGCAAGAACGAACCAAUGGUGCGGCCGAGACGAGAAAAAAUCCUGUAACGACCCAACGGAAGAUUUUGUCGAUUACGCUAAUGUGAGUAGCCCUGUUAUCGCUUGCUGCCAAGAUCAACAGGAAUUUGUGGGCCAGGGUGAAAGGCUGGAGCCAGUAACGACAGGAAAAAACAGCCCCACGUCGAACCGCGCGUUUUAUGGAAAUCAGUGCACGUCGUCGGAAAAGAACACCCUUUGCAACGUCAGCAUUUCACCAGAGUGCGACAGUCAAGCAGAAAGGGAAAUAAAGUUGACCAAUAAAAGUUCCAACAUGGUGGAUAACGCGAUCAUUGGGCCCGACUCGACACCAGAGAGUUUAUCGGGUGAAGACAAUAAUCCAAUUGGCACUCGACCCUGUUGCCAGGCGAGGCAUGAAGAGGUUUCGACAGAUCGACUUCCUGCAGAGAUGUGUUAUACCACCUCGGGAGUAAAGGCUGGGCCGGGGGUACUCGGUUCUCCUAAUCCGGUUCACACUACUGUUCCUUCCCCAUCUUCACCAGACAAAAUCUGGGUAGAGCUCCCAUCAAAAGCGAGCAGCGAUGACAUAACCCAUCCACGCCCAGUCACGUGUGUCUAUUACAACCAUCACGUCAGAGGCAAUGUACAUCCUACAGAGCUCAGCAAAAUAUCACCUCCAUCCAUUCAUGCCGUUCCUAGAUCUGGACAUAGCUCACUCGGCACUUCGUCCUGUAAAAAUAAUGACCAACAACAAUGUUAUAAGUCCUUAACCAGGCUCGAUUCCGGAGUGUGCUCACCGACCACACCUCACAGCGUCUCUUCAACCACAUUCGAGUUGGGCUUUGAUGUGGUUCCAGUCACGUCCCCUUGCCACAAAGAAUCUCCUCUGGUGCAGCCAAACUCUCAACUACCUCUCUUUUGCAGUGCACAAGGAGAAACAAAGAGAACUCCAUGCAGCAAACCUUAUACCUGUUACAACCAAAACCUCAGCACUUACCAAAACGAACAGUGGAUCGCUGCAGAAAAAUCCCAGUUCCCUAACGGGUCAUGCGGAUCUGGAGAAAACAGCAGCGUCUUCUGCAAUAAGCUGAUAUCUCUCUUCAGCUGCAACUGCCUCCAGAAAUGCCAGUUCCGGAAAAGGAAAUCUUUCUAUUCCGCCAAGCCCUCUAGUUCCUCACUCGCAGACCAACACGAGGCAGCGACGGACAGUGUAAAGCACAGAGGGGCACCCAGUCCGGCGGGAAACAUUGGCAUCUCCAGAGCCAAGAUCAAAACCGUGAAGCUGACUAUUACAGUAGUCAUCUGCUACAUAAUCUGCUGGGCGCCAUUCUUUGUGGGUCAGAUGUGGGCAGCGUUUGACAUCAAUGCACCAUACGAUGGUCCGUUCUUCAGUAUUAUCAUGCUUCUCGCUAGCGUCAACAGCUGCACCAACCCCUGGAUCUACACCAUCUUCAGCAACACCAUCUGCAACAGAAUCCGCGCUCUCCUCAUGGCCCCCUGCCUCUUUUUCGGCCGUUGUCGACUGGGAGGCAACGCUCCGGUCAAGUCCGGCAGUCAUCGGAACUUUCCGUCGUCCUCUGUUCGGAGACACAAAAAGUACCCUAUGUCUCAAGGGACGACUUGUACAACGUAUGACUGAUCUUUGGACUUACAUUUAUUUCUUUGGUGGCAACUCUUUGAUUGAAUUAUACCAUGCCGUCUGUACGAUAAUGUACAUUAGAUUAUUCCCAAUACAUAAGAUGUCAUUUAUUGCACUAUUCCAAUCAUGCGUGUCUAGUAAUAAUUGUUUCUUUACUGCCAUUAUUUACCAUGUGAAAUGGUUACAGUCCAUUUCAAUUAAUGCUUUGUCUAACAGGGCGGCGUACUGAUUUUUUAAAUUUUACUUGAUUUGUCUUGUGUUUUCAAUUGCCCUCGACAUGUCGCACAAUACCAUAAAAUGAGCAUGCUGUCGACUGUCUUAAAGUUUACAAACUAUCACCAACCUUGAAUUAUUGUCUUGUCAUUCUGUUUAAGUUUAGUAAGAGUUUUACAGUGAUUGCAACUGCACAAGGUUAUAUGAGCGCGCGGAAUGGAAGUUGGUUGCAUUCACUACAAUUCAUAGCACGGCCUGGUUUUGAUCAAAAUUUCGAUUAAAAAUUGAAAAGUUUGUGGUAAAAUCUCGGUUUUAAAAUCACACUUUCAAUAUGUUUUAAAAUAAAUCUAUCUGCAAUUUAUUGUAAAUGCCAAAGGCCUUCAUGAAAUCGAGAUUUCUUUUGGAUUAUUGUCAUCCAGACGAUACUGUAAUAGCACAAAUGAAAAAGAAAUGUGAAAGAGUAAGGGAAAAAUAUCAUUACGUUAUAUUGUAUAUAAAAAGAAGCGUGCAAUCUUUCCCUUGAAAUAUCUAUCGUCCUGAUCUCUCCUCCUUCUUUUUUGCGUUUGUUACUCUCUUGUAACACUUCUAAUCUUCGGCACGUGCCCGUAAAAGAGGUGUAAUAUGGUCUCCCUUUCUUUUCUGUAAAACUGAACGUGCAGCAUUGUUUUGGACAGUUUUAAGGACAUCACUUAAAGGCUCAAAAGGCCCAAAAAGGCUCAAGUCUAGAAUAGAAGAUGAUUAUUUCUGAAAGUUGCUUUUAGAGUCUAUUUGACUGUUUCCACCCAUGUGUUCAGCGUGUGUUUCUGGUAUUAUCUCGUGACAUCAAUUACUGACUAGACAGGACAUUCGUAAGUGGGUGGUUGGCGGAUGCUCUAGUGUGGUUUACUCCUUCUUUCAUAUCAAAAUCUGCAGUCCAUAUCUCACCUGCUCUAUGUCUACGUGUGUUACUCUCUUGUAACACCUCAAAUCCUCACCACUUAUAGGACCACAUUGUGUUGCAAGUGCCGUAAAACUCUUACUAGAACAACUAACGAAACCGACAAUGACGAUAAACAGCAACCCAAGUUGGACACUCCCACUGGUCACUCUACAAUAAACGUCUGGGCACAAUUAGUGCUCUUCCCAUGAGAGCCAGUGGUGUUUAUGUCAAGAAUCACAGGCAAUUAUCAGGUAAUCAUUUUCUACUUGACAUUGCCUUUUUUUUUAACGCACACACCAAGCUAUUGGCUUACUAGAGAGCUGUUAUGUGUAACAAUUCUUGACCAAACUCACGUGUACUGACGAAGCUAUUUUGAGUAAGGUAAGUACAAGUAUAACAACCCGAACUAAAAGGCAGGGGUAUCUUAGGAAAUGUUGAGUAAAGAUUAGGCCUACUAACAAAUGAAUUCACUUAUUUUUGUUUCACCGCCAGCCUGAGUAACAUCAAGUCACAUAAAAGCAAACG